GCUGACUGGUCUUUGGUCUGCUUGUUGGCUCUGGCUGGAGAACGGGCCCCACUGCCACCACCUUCCUGCGCAGACGCCACUCCGAGUCGUUCGCUGAUUAGACUCCGUAAUCUCGCGGAGUCCAGGUGGCAGCCGCUGCCAAUUAUUCUGUUGUACGGAAGACCGCUUACUUUCCAUGUUACCCAAGACAAAAUAUCAACUAAAGGAUUUGUUACUACAAGAAAAACAGCGUUAGGACUGUAUUGCACCAAAGGAGGCACGAUAUUUUUGAUAAUGUUAACGUUUUUUUGCACCAACUCCAGUCGCGUUUCUCCUUUGAUUUGCCGAGCACCC